UAGAGGAGCGGUGGUGCGCAUGCGUGCGGGUCAGGUGUGGUGUGUGUUAGGGAUGAUCCGAUGAGAAUAUUUCAGUGUGUGUUUGUGUGUAUAAACAGAAUAUCUAUAAGAAGAGGUUAUAUAACUCGCGGGGCUCCGGGGUAUAGAGGUUAUAUGCAGAGCGCUAAGAGAGCCUGUCUGGAGAUCAGCACCAUGAAGAUCGGAACCCACAGCGGAUCUUUUCACUGUGAUGAAGUUCUGGCCUGUUAUUUCCUCAAGCAGCUUCCUCAGUACCAGGAUGCUGAAAUAGUUCGGACGCGUGACCCGGUAGUGCUGGAGCAGUGUGACAUAGUGGUGGAUGUUGGAGGAGUGUUUGACCCUAAAAAGCACCGUUAUGAUCAUCAUCAAAGGUCUUUUGUAGAGACGUUUAACAGCCUGUGUCCGGAGAAGCCGUGGGUGACUAAACUGAGCUCAGCCGGUCUGGUUUAUGUUCACUUUGGUCGGCAGGUGCUUUCCCACCUCACACACCUGCAGGAGGACAGCAGAGAACUGGGAAUCCUCUAUGAUAAGAUGUAUGAGAACUUUGUGGAGGAGGUGGAUGCAGUGGAUAAUGGGAUUUCUCAGUGUGAUGGAGAAGCUCGUUACACCGUGACCACAUCCCUCAGCGCUCGCGUCGGGUAUCUGAACCCGCGCUGGAACAGCGAGUCUCAGGACACUGAGCAGGGAUUUCAGAAGGCCAUGUCUUUGGUUGGAGUUGAGUUUCAGGACCGGCUGGAUUACUACCAAAACGCCUGGCUUCCUGCACGAGUGGUAGUCGAGACCGCUGUUCAGACGAGACAUCAGGUGGAUCCCAGUGGAGAGAUAGUGAUGUUUGAUCAGGGUGGAUGUCCCUGGAAGGAGCAUCUCUUUACCCUGGAGAAAGAGAUGAAGGUGGAGGUGCCAAUCAAGUUUGUGCUCUAUCCAGACCAGAGCGGCCAGUGGAGAGUCCAAUGUGUUCCAGCAGGACUCAACACCUUCCAGAACAGGUUGUCUCUGCUGGAGGAAUGGCGUGGGGUGAGGGAUGAUGCUCUGUCUGAACUCAGCGGGAUCUCCAGCUGUAUUUUUGUCCACAGCAGCGGCUUCAUCGGAGGAAAUAAAACUAAGGAGGGCGCUCUGGAGAUGGCCAGAAGAACCUUACAAGCAGGACCCAAUCCAGGAAACGCCUCCAACGGCUGCUAAACUACAUUUUAUACGUUUAGUUAUUGUUUAGUUUUGUUACAGUGUGACGUACGUGUGUGUUUCACAAUAAUAAAUAAAAUAGCCGACGUUUCCAGAA